CGAAAUACAAAUAUCUCUUCAUCUUUUCUCUUUUGCUCAUUUCCCAGAAACCUUUGUUUCAUUUGCUUCGUGUGCGAUCGCGAGAACAAGGGAAAAUUAGGGUUUAUAUCCUCAAGCUUUUUCGAACACCAUUGAUCGUUGAUCUAAGAUUUUUCUUCUAGUCGAGUUUCUUAAGGGGCUUUGAUCAAACUCAAAAUUGAAGACCAAUACUUUGAAGGAUUCUGGUAAAGCUAAGCAACUAUGAGUUCAAAUUCAUGGGCUGAUGUUUCUGAAUCAGAGAGGGCACCAUCUGGUGGUGGUUGGGGUUAUUCUCGUCCGUCUCGAACCAACUAUGUUCCUCCACAUCUUAGGAGCCGUACACCAUCUUCGGAGUUUGUUGCUCCUUCACCUGGUAAUAAUGAUCGUGGGGGAUAUGGUGGUGCAAAUAGUGGUUAUGGUGGUCGAGGCCAAGGUUAUGGUGGUCGAGGUUCGGGCUAUGGUGGUAGAGGAGGUCCUGUGGGCGGUUGGAAUGCCAGAAGUGGAGGUUGGGACCGUCGGGAUACUGAAACUAACCCGUUUGGUAAUGAUGGAAAUGCAGACCCGGCUGUUAACGAGCAGGAAAACACUGUCAUUAACUUUGAGGCCUAUGAAGAUAUUCCCAUCGAGACAAGUGGGGAUAAUGUGCCACCUCCUGUUAAUACAUUUGCAGAGAUAGACCUCGGAGAAGCUCUCAAUCUAAAUAUCCAGAGGUGCAAAUACGUGAAGCCGACCCCUGUGCAGCGUAAUGCAAUUCCCAUAUUGGCUGCAGGAAGGGAUUUGAUGGCUUGUGCUCAGACAGGCUCUGGGAAGACAGCUGCCUUUUGUUUUCCGAUUAUUAGUGGGAUUAUGAAGGAUCAGCAUAUAGAGAGACCACGUGGAGUUCGGGGAGUCUAUCCUCUUGCUGUCAUUCUCUCACCAACAAGGGAAUUGGCUUGCCAGAUACAUGAUGAAGCCAGAAAGUUCUCCUAUCAAACUGGAGUGAAAGUUGUGGUUGCUUACGGAGGAACACCAGUCAACCAACAGAUUAGGGAGCUUGAAAGAGGAGUUGAUAUUCUUGUUGCAACUCCUGGGAGAUUAAAUGAUUUGCUUGAGAGAGGUAGAGUCUCAUUACAGAUGGUAAGAUUCUUGGCACUUGAUGAGGCGGACAGAAUGCUGGACAUGGGUUUUGAACCACAAAUCAGGAAGAUCGUUCAGCAGAUGGACAUGCCUCCUCCUGGUGUCCGGCAGACAAUGUUGUUCAGUGCUACAUUUCCUAGGGAGAUACAGAGACUUGCAUCUGAUUUUCUUUCAAAUUACAUAUUUCUGGCUGUUGGAAGAGUGGGUUCAAGUACGGAUUUAAUUGUCCAAAGAGUAGAGUUUGUUCAUGAUUCUGACAAAAGAAGCCAUCUAAUGGACCUUCUUCAUGCCCAGAGGGAGAAUGGUAACCAAGGAAAGCAAGCUUUGACUCUAGUUUUUGUGGAGACAAAGAAGGGAGCUGACUCUUUGGAGAAUUGGUUGUGCAUCAAUGGUUUCCCAGCAACGACCAUUCAUGGUGAUAGGUCACAACAGGAAAGAGAAGUGGCACUGAGAUCAUUCAAGACUGGGCGGACACCUAUUUUGGUUGCAACCGAUGUGGCAGCACGUGGUCUUGACAUUCCGCACGUGGCUCAUGUAGUGAACUUUGAUCUACCAAACGACAUUGAUGACUAUGUCCACCGUAUCGGACGAACAGGACGUGCAGGAAAUUCAGGACUAGCAACUGCUUUCUUCAAUGACAACAACACAACAAUGGCCAAGCCACUGGCUGAGCUAAUGCAAGAAGCUAACCAGGAGGUCCCUGACUGGCUGACUCGAUACGCAUCUCGUGCUUCAUUUGGAGGUGGUAAGAACCGGCGGUCUGGUGGACGGUUUGGUGGUCGUGACUUCAGGAGAGAAUCUUUUAGUCGAGGCGGUGGUGGUGCUGACUACUAUGGUGGAGGUGGUGGAUAUGGAGGCGUUCCUGGUGGUGGCUAUGGAGCAAUGCCUGGUGGGUACGGACCCGUACCAGGUGGUGGAUAUGGAAAUGUUCCGGGUGGUGGUUAUGCACCUUAUGGUAGAGGUGGUGGUGCUUACUAUGGUCCUGGAGGAUAUGGAACCGUUCCUAACCAAGGGUAUGGUCCUGGAGUGGCUAGUGCGUGGGACUAAGCUUUAACUUCAAUUCUUCAAGAACCGAUUAUGUUCUCUUUCUCUCUCACUUAUCUCUAUUGUUUAUUAUUAGGGAGCAGCCACAGAUGUGUAUGUUUGCUCUUUAAAUGGUUAUGUAGUAGACACGAAUCGUCUCUUUGUUCAAUGUGAAAAAAGAAAACCCCCUAGUAGACCCAUAUUAUUCUCAUGAGCUAUUUAGUCAUACAAAGCAGUUCAAACAUUAAAAUUGAUCCAAGGAAAAGAAAAGUCAAAGGGUUUUCACUAUAUUGAGGAUCAAAAUGAGAUAUAAAAGGAGGUUUAGACAGAGCCACACAGGGGUCAUAAUAAAGAAUGACCAACUUCAUAGAGUGGUUUGCCUUACUCAGAAUCCCUUUGAAUCUUUGUGUCAUCUCUAUCACAGAUUUGGUAAAGGUUUCGUCUAAACAGUUGAUGUCAUAGUCUGAUCAAAGAAGAAGAUCGG